AGGAAAAGAGAAAAGAAAAAAAAAAACAGUGGAGAUUAAGAGCUGAGGGAGAAAUCAGUCGGACCCAUCGUCAGAAGCUCAUUAACUCGGGGAGAAGAGAAGGAGAGAGGAGGAAGAACACGCCGCCGACACACUGCUGCUGGAGUCUCCUGUUUAUACGGCUAUGGCUGCUGCACUUUGGAAGAUCAAAUCUCUGGACCUGGGCUUGUGGAUCUGUCUCCUGCUCCUCAACCUCCUUCCUCACGCCAGGGCAGUCGUCGGACACAGAGAGCCGCUGCCUGAUGAUAGCAAAGACAAUAUCACCAUAUUCACCCGGAUCCUAGACAGGCUACUGGAUGGAUACGACAACAGGCUACGUCCAGGGCUGGGAGAGAGUGUGACUGAAGUGAGGACAAACAUCUACGUGACGAGUUUCGGGCCGGUGUCAGACACAGACAUGGAGUACACCAUCGAUGUCUUCUUCCGUCAGAGUUGGCGGGACGAGAGGCUUAAGUUCGAUGGGCCCAUGCAGGUGUUACCCCUCAACAACCUCCUGGCCAGUAAGAUCUGGACUCCUGAUACCUUCUUUCACAAUGGAAAGAAAUCUGUGGCCCACAACAUGACGACUCCCAACAAACUGCUACGACUUGUUGACAACGGCACGCUUCUCUACACGAUGAGGUUGACCAUUCAUGCCGAGUGCCCCAUGCACCUGGAGGAUUUCCCGAUGGAUGCACAUGCCUGUCCUCUGAAGUUCGGAAGUUAUGCUUACACGAACAAUGAGGUGAUCUACCUGUGGACUCAGGGAGACGAGAGGUCUGUUUCUGUGGCCGAGGACGGCUCAAGGUUGAACCAGUAUGACCUGCUGGGACACGUUAUUGGCAAAGAGACCAUCAGCUCCAGCACAGGUAGAAGAGGAGAAUAUGUAGUGAUGACAACAUAUUUCCAUUUGAAAAGGAAAAUUGGCUAUUUUGUGAUUCAGACCUACCUGCCGUGCAUCAUGACUGUCAUACUGUCUCAGGUCUCGUUCUGGUUGAACAGAGAGUCGGUUCCUGCUCGCACUGUGUUUGGGGUCACCACUGUCCUUACCAUGACCACUCUGAGCAUCAGUGCUAGAAACUCCCUCCCUAAGGUGGCCUAUGCCACUGCCAUGGACUGGUUCAUGGCCGUGUGCUAUGCCUUUGUCUUCUCUGCCUUGAUUGAGUUUGCCACAGUCAACUACUUCACCAAGCGCAGCUGGGCAUGGGAUGGGAAAAAAGAGGGCAUGGAAAUAAGGGAACCGUUUCAGGCUAACAUGGCCAGGAUUAACGAUAUGAGAAGAGAAUCUGCGACCUUGUCCAAAAAGGCAAACAACACCUUCAACAUUGUCGGAACCACAUACGCCAUCAACGUUGCUAAAGACCAAGGUUUGACGACCAUUUCCAAGAGUGCCACUGCAGCGGCGGCCAAACACCAGUAUAUGCAUAAAAUGGAGGACCCCUACACGGAGGCCAAGAAGUCCUACAACCGUGUCAGCAAAGUGGACAAGAUAUCACGCAUCAUUUUCCCAGUUCUGUUCUUCAUCUUCAACUUAGGCUACUGGGCCACAUACGUCAACAGAAAGCCCGCUAUCAUGGAGGCAAACAACCAAAACUGAAUUUGACCGAAUGCUAGGCCUGAUCUGGUUUGGUUCACAGUGUAGACAGGUUGCAGAAGGCCAAAUCCAUUACAUCUUUUUGUGUGUUUCUGAGUGUGUGUGUGUGUGUGUGUGUGUGUGUGUGUGUGUGUGUGUGUGUAUGAGUGUGCGCGUGGGUUUGGUGUGUCUGUCUUUUCUUAAGAGUUUGAUAUUUUGCACGUCUGUAUCGAUGGAAGGCAAAUUUGAACAUACCAUAGAUUCACAUCUAGUAGCGGACAUCGCAGGGAGCACAUCCUCACAUCGGACUGUGUUUGUGUCGUUUUUUUUUUCUCCCCUCAACACUUAGCUCUGGCCCUGUUCCCUUUUGUGACUAACCAAAUCGUUCCUUUGCUGUAUCUUGAUUGCUUGCUGUUUUGUAGGAGUAGUCAAAUUGUAAUUUCACUAUGUCAAAACAUAGUGAAAAUACUCUGCUUGUAAUAAGUUAGAGCAAGCAUGCGUUGAAGUUUUCAUUGUAGCUCAUUACCACUGAUAAGGUUUUGACAGAGCCAUUAAGUUAAAAACAUGCAUGCACGCACGCACACAUACGCACAGUGAUGCAUCAGAAUUUGUUGGUCGUUUUACUGUGCUCUGUUAGCCGGGGCAGGCUGUAUCGUUCCAUAGGAACAUCAUUAAUAAUCGUCCGUGUCUGGCCUUCAGGUUGCACUGAAUCUCAAGAGACCCAAUGCAGUAUCAUCUGGAAUUGCUUUCUCGCGUCCCAUGGGGCUGCCUGUACAUUUUCUAGUCCAGUGGCUCUUAUUGUUUUAACUGGCUGACUGUGUUCAAUGACAGAGAAGCUAUGUGCCUUGGUGAAUACACACAUCAUAGAGAAAAAGGCUUCGACACACUCACACUUGCAUACACAGCACACAUAUGCACAAAAGGUCUGAGUGUAUAUUACAUGUCAACAUACACGGGUGUCCACAGGCUCUGUGCACUGUUGUAUGUGGCUAUGCCCCGCUCCCCCCCACCCACCCACGGCCCAUGGGCUUGGGCACCGAGUGUAAAAUUGCUCAUUAGUGCGGAAGGGUAACAGACCUCUGCCUGUGAAAAGACGAAGCGAAGAGAUUAGAAGGAUCCAGCGUAGUCCAGAACAAUUAUCAUGUGCAUUUAUGUUUUGGCUCCCGGUGUGGCGUCUCAAUGAGCCGAGCAGUCACAACAGACUACCACCAUUACCUCAGACUGAAGUCGAAUUCUGGAUAGCAGAUUAUUAAAACCCUUUCCACGGAAAUGCGAAUAACACUAGAUGUUUUAUGCAUCAAAUCAUAGCAGACACUUUCUUUCGUUAAGUAUACUGUGGGCAGGAAACCUGCUGCCUUGAUCUCUGUUAUUUCUCUGCAUCAUUCUCUGUAGCUGUGGCUCCAUUAUGAUUUUGCCUGCAUUUCUGCCUCAUCACAAGAAAGAGUUCGAUUCCAGUUGUACUUCUGCCCUUUUAUACUUGAUUGUGUAAAAGUAUAUUGGUGUUGAUUCCCUUGUCUACAAACAGUAUAUGCUGUUCUGGUUUUGUGUUUUGUAGUAGACAACAAAGGCCAACGUGUCACAGUCACUCUGUAUUUCUGAACACAUUUUGGAGAUAUUCUAUCACCACUGGAGACUAUCACACUGCAAAAUGCAAUGAAAUCAAUGACAAGAAAAAGGUUACUUGUAUCUCCAACAAUAAAAUGAUAAACUAGAUUUAAUGUUUGUGAUCACAACGAAGAACAAACCAGCCGAACUGAUUCUUUUUCAACAAGAUGGACAUUUUAUUCGUCUCCACAUGUGGCAGCUGUCUCCAAAUUGUGUUUUCCAUUUGUUGAGUGACAUUUGUAUUUUUGUUUUGUGUUGGAAUUUGGUAUGCAUCUAUACAAAUGUUAUAUAAUUAUAAGGCAAUUUCUUUUGCUGGAUGCAUUCUCCUGAAUUGAGGACUCUUUGACAGCCACUGCACCUUAGACCCAGCUGCAGUGGAUCUCCUCAAACUGCAUCCUCAGUGGUAUAAGUUAGGAGAAUGACUGAACCAUGUGUUGACCUGUCUGGUGAUGUGUUAAUACCACAAACCAUGUAACAAUGUAUCAGUCAUUGGUUAGUGCAUGACAAUCUGUACAUGUGUGUGACUGCAACCUCUGAUAACAGCACCCGUCACACUGAAAUAGGGCAUAGUAUCUAUGUUUCUGCAGCUUCUCACUCUUCAACUCCAAUUAUUUGUAUUGAGUAUUGAUGUAAUGCUAAUAAUUUACAGAUGUUCUGAAGGUGAUUUAAACCCUCAUCUGGUAGUGCAUAGAUUUUAGCUCACAUUCCACACACACCCACACACAACUAUGUUCUUCAUCUAUCUCUGUUAAAAACAAAAAUACAAGAUGGGUGAAAAGGGAAGUCAGUUUGCGUACGGAGAUCCAUCACCAUUCAAACUGCAAUUUCGGUCCCACCUGGGUAAACAGCUUCCGAUCUGUUCAAACUAAGGUUUGAUGUGAAUGUGAAAGUUAGCGUUCUUUUUUGUUGUUCAUUAGUAUUACUGAUGAAUAACAGAUUGGAUACUUAUUCAUUUAUAUCAUCAUGAUUAAAUGUUGUAGUUGGUGGUAUCAGUCUCAUCCACUCUAAAAAGCAUCCCACAUGCAUGAGGACCAUAGAGACCUCACAGUAAAUGUUGUUUAUUUCAUUCAUCCACUGACUCUCUCCUGGAAAAUAAUAUUCAUAUUCAACCUAGAAUUGCACUUAGUAGAGCACAUACCUCGGCCAAGGCCCAACAGCCUCCCUAAAUUCAACCAAAUUGCUAACACUCAUAAAUAUCAGUUCCUUAAAUGUGCCUGAUUAUUUAUAAUAACAUCCAUGAAUUAUUCCUUUGACAAAUGGUGAAAAAUGUGGAUUAAACGCCUCUCGUAAUGUUAGAGAAAGUGAAACAAAUUAACGGAUCUGGAUAAAACUUGAAUGGCUUCUUCCCUGACCACCACAUCUUUCCACCAAGUUUUGUGGGAAUCAGUAUAGUUGUUUUUGUGUAAGCACGCUUACAAUCCAACUAACACACAAAAGGACAGGGGUGAAAACAUAACCUCCUUGGUGGAGGUAAAAAAAAACAAUAGACAGACCGACAUGAUAAACUUAUUAAACUCAUUUUAUAUUGAAAAUAUGUGGUAAAAUAUUUAUUAUUUCAACACCUUCGUGGGAAAAUAGAGACGAGUCAUAACAGGCCUACACAGGGUCUGUUAUAUAUGAAAUACUACUGUGUCUCAAACUGAUUCAUGAUACACAUCUGCUGUGGGUGUUCAAAGCCGGCUUCCGACUGCUAAUUCAGAAUCUGAUGACACACAGUGCUAAUGUUUAUGUAUGAUUCCUCUUGAGUAAUGUGAUCAUUGUACGUUGGUUAAGUAGUUUUAAGCAUCAGCCGCUGGGUAUUUAAACUGGGACUCUGAAACAGCAUACCUCAGAGAUGGUAAUAAUACAAAAAUUAACCCAGAGCACCCCGGCUCACCUCUAACCAGUUGACAAGAUCAGUAUGAAGUGGUUCCGAAGAUGCAUUCCCAAAGGAGUUUCAUCUGUGUUCAAACUGUUCAGUAGUGAGAAUGUAGCAGACGUGAUCAAUUCAAUUUUUACAGCACGCAUUUGUAAAAUAAGGGAUUUUCAAAUGUCAAAUUAGUCGUACUAAUAAGGAAACUAUUCCCCCAUAAAAGUUAUUGGAACUAUAUAAAAAAGUGUUUCUUCAGUAUCUCGCUUUCUGAAAUGGUUUACAAGGAGAUUCAUUUAGAUGUUGGUGUUUUCUCCAUUUUUUAUGUGACACUUGAAUGUUUAUUAUGUAUUUGUUCAUUCCUCACUAUGUUCAUAUUUAUUUCUGUAUGUCUGGUUAUCUUUUUCAUGAUAGCUAUAAGAGGUUUUAAACAAAUUUCCCUGAGAACAAUAUGCAAAAUGAUUUACAGAGAAGAAAGAAAAAUAAUGUUGAGACACACAACCACACAACCUCUGCAGCUGAACUACAGAACUGACUGAGUGGCCAUGGAAAAGAGGGAAAAAAAUUGCAAAAUUAAAAGAUGGAUUAUAUUUGAAAAAGAAAUUUAAACUAGACAGUAUUUUUAUUUGUAUGCAUGCAUACUGAACUUUUUUAAUGUUCUGACAUCUUCAUUCCUGAGGAUUUGGAUGAACAGAACUCUACUGUAUUGUUGCCAUUCUGUUUGGUUGUGAUUGUAUUAUUCAUGUGAUAAGUAUUUUCCACACAGGGCCAGAGUGAACUUCAGCAGAAACAUGUCAUCCUAUAAGAUAUAUAUUAAGAGUAUAUUACUAUAUGAAUACAUUUAUGCUAUUCAGUAAAGUAUUAAAUAUUAUAUGUUUUAUACAACAUAACCGCUACAGAAUUGAUGCAAAUCUCUCAAUAGUAGAAAGCCGUAGACAAAUAGAUUAAGGAAACAAAUUAUUAAACUAAGUGGCAACAAACUGAAAAGUGUUACCAGGUUGUGAAUUUGUAGAUAUUGUGAAAUCAAUUCAGAUCGUUUUUUGUGAAUAUUGAUAUGUCACGUCAUUUAUUUUUACAUCUGAUAAGUACUGCUGUCUUACUUUGAGCUCUGUGACACUACGUGUUAUGGUGGUUAUAAGACGUACACUAGAGAUAAUAUUCAUAAAGCUACUUACAAGAUCAGUACCCUGUGUGCACUUUUCAAACCUAACUGUGAAUUAGCAGCUGUCUGCAAACAGAGUUGUACACGCCGUGUUUCGCUCUAUUGCAAUUUCACUGCAUGUCCCGACGAAUUGAGAUCCAAAAGACCUUCUACACAAAGGCAGCUCUGUGAGAUGAGUGGACUGUCUUUGGUGGGAGGUCGUUCUCUAUAUGUUCAGUGACUGGACUCUGUAUGUUGCCCUGUCUCGUUCAUGUGCUUACUGUAUGAGAUGUAGCAAAUGGAAAUGGGGAUUAAAAAGGACGUUGCAUUUUA